UGCCUUCCCCUCCUCCCGCCUCACCUCCCUUCUUGCAGCGUAGUAGGUUCUCUCGCACUUACAGCCCCAGGGCGGUUAGCCCUGAAACUAGAUGAAAAGGGGGCUAACGAGAACUUGGGUAACAGUCGUCGGGUACCUCUGCUUCCUGGCAUCUGCGCACUGAGUAGUACUUUACUGCAUAGCAGCAUAAGUUGGUAUUAAAAUCUACAGAAUAAAGUGAAAGUUUUGGAAAGUUCCUACCUUGAGACCAGUGACCUGAGAAAGGAAGUGAUCACAUGUUGCCCACCUUUCUUGCCUAAUUCAUUCCUUUUGCGCAGCUUAAGUCCCACACCCCCUUCCUGUUAUACCCCUGUUGUAGAGCCCACCUGGGACGUGCCCUCAGGAAAGCCCACGAAAGGGAACCUGGCUGUAGUGUUAGCACUUCCUUAGAGGUGCUCAUUUGCUUCAGUCUUUAGAGUUGACGUUUCCUUUGAAGAAACUAAGGAAAAACUGGAGGGACACAUUACCUGACCCAAUAUGAGUGACGAUGUGUCCUGCAAAAAACGGGAUGACUAUUUGGAAUGGCCUGAGUAUUUCAUGGCAGUGGCCUUCUUGUCAGCACAGAGAAGCAAAGAUCCAAAUUCCCAGGUUGGAGCCUGCAUCGUGAAUGCAGAAAACAAGAUUGUUGGGAUUGGGUACAAUGGAAUGCCAAAUGGGUGCAGCGAUGAUCUGUUGCCUUGGAGGAGGACAGCACAGAGUAAGCUGGAUACCAAAUACCCAUAUGUGUGCCACGCCGAGCUGAACGCCAUCAUGAACAAGAAUUCGGCCGACGUGAAGGGCUGUAGCAUGUAUGUCGCCCUGUUCCCCUGUAAUGAAUGCGCUAAGCUCAUCAUCCAGGCAGGUAGGAAAGCGGGCCGUGGCAUUUGUCACAUUUGCAUUGCUGCCGACUCAUCAGCCGCUCCUUGCAGAGGCAUAAAAGAAGUUAUUUUCAUGUCUGAUAAAUACCAUGACAGUGAAGAAACAACAGCUGCAAGGCUCAUGUUUAAUAUGGCUGGCGUUACCUUUAGAACAAUGCAAACUGGCUGCAGUUUCCUAGAAAAUAAGAUACAUCUGACGGAAAACAAGUAAUCGGGAAAUUCACACCAAAGUACAGCAAGAUAGUCAUUGACUUUGAUUCAAUUAACAGCCAGCCAUGUCAGAAGCCUCAGUGAGUUCCAGCUCAUUAAACCUACAGAAGAUAGGGACUCUCCUCUUCUAAGAAAAACUUAAUGCCUUUCAUCUUGAAGUUGCACAUAACUUUUAACACCUGGUGUGUCACAAGUGGACAGCAAAAGACUCUGAAGGCCGGCAUCUUCCUUACUGUCUUCCCGCUACAUGCACCUGCAUCUGCUGACAUUGUGGACUUAGAGUUAAAAAUAAGGAUGGCCUCCCCUCAGGGCUGAAGGGAGGCUGUCCCCAUCCCUGUGAGCUAUUUGGCUGAGGUGGGUGGCUCUGCACAGGAAUAUCAGCACUGUCACCCAAUGGAUUUCAGCAGUACUCCUCUCUUCUACAUGUGUUGGAAGGACACAUAAAUGAUUGCUUUGUGUGCUUAGUGGGACUUAGCAGACACACUGAUGUGAACAUCUGGCCCAAAUGAAGCAUAGCAUGUAGUGCCCUUGGAAAGGAAAAAAUAGGACCCAGAUGACAGUGGCAUAAAGAAUUUGCUGCAGAGCUGAGGAAGUGCCUGCCCGCCCACCCAGACAGCCUAGAUGGGACAGCGCAUGUGGCCUGGCAGCCUUGCUGAACCAGGAACACCCCGUUGCUGCUCUCCUACCUCACACAGUGCCAUGGCACAUUAUCCGUCUGGGGCUGGGCACCACUGUGGUUUCAGCUUCUUAUCUUUGGUUUGUUGGUCACACAGAGCUGUUAAGUUUAUUUCAUCUCAAUAAUGAGUUGUUUGCAGAUGAGGCAGCUUGCCACUCCCCUCCAGACCACCCACUCCUUUGGUGGUACCUGGGGUGUAUGGAUGGGUGGCAUGCUGCAUCCUCCUCCCAUUUCUUUUGCUAUGUAGAAAUGUGUCACCCCCACUCCACAGGCCAACACAGUUCGUUUCCAGUGGCAUCCUACAACCAGUGAGUAAAUUGAUCCCUGUCCCUUUAAGUAUGAAUUAUGAGAAAUCCUGCCCACCUGGAGAAGGUUCCUUCCAGAUGUGCUGGUGAUCAAAGCUCAUCUGUGCUUCUGGCAGCCUGCCCUGGGCCGUAUAGUUAUACCUUCCUAUCACUAUGGUUGGGGAACGCACGACCAUGUGUGUACCCUGUCCUUAAUCUCAUUUAAUUUUUAUUAAGCAUGUUCAAUACCUUUGUUGAGAAAAUGGUUUCUUUAUCUUAAAGAUUAUUACCUUUUUUAAUGUACUUUUAUAUUUUAUGAGUUUAUUUUUUCUCUGAGGUUUUUGUACUAUUUUAAAGCAAUCUGAAAAUUUGGCUUCAUACCAAUAUUAUUAAAAUUUUAUUAAAAUCUG